AUGUCGUCUGGAAGCCUAAAAACUGCGCUAUCAAAGAAAUAUGGUGGAAUAAAACUAUGGGUUCUGAUCGGCAUAUCCGUUGGAGCAUUUAUAGUUCUUAUUCUGGGGAUCCUAUCAAUAUGGGUCAUGUUCAGAAGAAAGUCACAAAGAACCUUGGACAAGCACAAUCUCGUCCAAAUCCCUAAUGUCUCAAAGGAAAUUAGGGUUGUGGACAGUGUUGCAGACCAAAGCACACAAGAUCGUCCAGAUGGUAAGAACUCCGAGAAAAUGAUGGUUCAUUUAGGCAGGAGUAAAUCUAGUGACGUUGAUGAUGUCAGCCAGGGCAGUUCAAUGUAUCAUCAGGAGAGGACAUAUAGCUCUCACUCUGGGGAGGAAGGAAGCUCGGGUAAUGCCAGAAAGCAAUAUUCUUCGUCAUAUGCACUUGCAAUGCCGUCUCCUUUAAUUGGUUUGCCUGAAGUGUCACAUCUUGGGUGGGGCCACUGGUUCACUCUUAGAGAUCUUGAAAAUGCCACAAAUCGGUUUUCUCCAGAGCAUGUUAUUGGGGAAGGUGGUUAUGGUGUUGUUUAUAGGGGCAGAUUGGUCAAUGGCACAGAGGUAGCAGUCAAGAAACUCCUUAAUAACCUUGGGCAAGCAGAGAAGGAAUUUAGGGUUGAAGUUGAGGCCAUUGGCCAUGUUCGGCAUAAGAAUCUUGUUAGGCUUCUUGGCUAUUGCAUAGAAGGAGUUCAAAGGAUGUUGGUAUAUGAAUAUGUAUGCAAUGGCAACUUGGAACAGUGGCUCCAUGGGGCUAUGAGACAACAUGGCACCCUAACGUGGGAGGCCCGUAUCAAGGUUCUGCUCGGCACUGCAAAGGCACUUGCUUAUUUGCACGAAGCUAUUGAACCGAAAGUGAUUCAUCGUGACAUAAAAUCUAGUAACAUCUUGAUUGAUGAUGAGUUUGAUGCAAAAGUUUCUGACUUUGGGUUGGCUAAGCUGCUGGAGUCUGGAGAGAGUCAUAUAACAACUAGAGUGAUGGGAACAUUUGGGUAUGUAGCCCCUGAAUAUGCAAAUAGUGGCUUGUUAAAUGAAAAGAGUGACGUUUACAGUUUUGGUGUUCUGCUUCUGGAAGCUGUCACUGGAAGAGAUCCUGUAGAUUAUGGCCGUCCAGCUGAUGAGGUUAACCUUGUUGAGUGGCUGAAAAUGAUGGUCGGGAGCAGGAGAGCUGAGGAAGUUGUUGACCCUAACCUUGAAGUGAAGCCGACAACUCGUGCCUUGAAGCGUGCACUAUUGGUUGCCCUUAGAUGUGUUGACCCCGACUCAGAAAAACGGCCCAAAAUGAGUCAGGUUGUUGUUAUGCUUGAAAAUGACGAGCUGCCUUAUCGUGAGGAUCGUCGGAGGAGGAGGAAAAGCGAGACGGGCAGCUUAGAGAUUGAAAAGGAGAGUUGUGGUUCGGUCGAGACUGAAAGCAAGGAUGCAGCAGACACACACACCCAUUGA